AUGGUCAGUCGCAAUGACACACCCACCACAGAGACAAUCACACCCCUACACAGAACGCCGCACAGUCACAUAAGGUCACAGUCGUACACAUGGAAUCCUGUUCCUCUUGCCCCUUCCCCCAGUCCCACCAAGUCACACCUGCCGAGACUACGGACCCGCCCAGACCGCACCUUCAGGUUGCCCCGGUCAACCUACGGACGCACCUGCGCAGCCUGGUGGAGCCCCCCAAAACUUAGGCCGCUCACCUUGCAGUUACCCUUCCCGGGAGGCCGACGGUCGGGCAAGCGAGUGAAGGAGCGGCCCUGCUCCUGCGAGGCCUCUGGGAAAUGUAGUCCGGAAGGAGUCGGCUCAGACAAGAUGGCGCCUGUGUUUCGAUUUCCUGCAGCCGCAAAAACCUGGGUGAAGCCAAUAUCCUUGCUCCCGUCUCCAUAUCGCAUCAAGGGACCGUCCAGAUCCACGCUCAGUCUCCAGGGUCUGAGAAGCCCAGUGUUUAUCACCCACUUGGCUAAGCACACAUCUCAAGGCACCAAAAAAAAUGCCUACCAAAGGAGUCAGCCUAUGAAUACCCCUAGUAAGGACAAGUCCCAAGCCCGGAUUCGUGGACUACAAAGUCCCUUCCACCAGAUUCCAGGUGUUUUCAUCUCCAGACCACAGUUUUCAGAUAGCUCUGCAACUUCCCACAUAAAGUUCUUUCAGGAACUUGGAGUUCUUUCCUGCUUCCUGGUGCAGCCCACACUCAGGCCGGUGGGCCGCGCCUGGGGGGCCGUCGCUGGGAUUCUAGACCGGGAUUCCUGAAGCGUGGGGAUGGGGAUUCAGCGGGGAUCCCAGCCCGGCGCCAUUUUCUUCGCGCAGUCUGGCUCCAGUCUACAUUUUCCAGAGGUCCUGCGGGCCCUACUGCACUUUCCGUGACAUCUCUGGGUCUCUUCCCACGGUGGCCGGACUUUAACCCCUCGCCGAGAGCCGCAGGAAACUGCGGUAGCCUUGGCUCAGCUUGGCUUGUUUGGAGCUAACCCUGGAGUGGCUUGAGGUGAGGCAGGCAGCCUGUGCCUGGGUGGAAGCAAAGCUGAUCCACAGCUUCCGGCGGCGAAGAAUGCAGCGGGCUGAGGGAUAGCAGUUGCGGAUGGGGGUGGUGUCAGUGACUGUGUGACGGUGUGCGGUGCCUGUGACGCUGGGUUUGACAAUCACGAUGUCCCCGUGAUGGGUGUAUGAUUGUGACGCGUUGUGUGGCUGUGUGUGUGUGUGUGUGUGUGUGUGUGUGUGUGCGCGCGCGCGCGCGCGUAGGUGCGGGGAGCCCGUGACUCAGCAGGUGUAACUGUGUAUCCCUGGUUUGGUUCGUGUCUGAGAAACCGCAUGUACGAGCGUAUGAUGCCUAUGACCGUGCAGGUGUCGUGUGUGUGAGGUGAGUGUGCGAUUGUUACCGUGUGACUGUGGCAUUGCGUGUAUGGUUAUGGAUUA